GCUACCGUACUUUUCAUGCACAGGGAAAAAACUGGGUCUCUACGACACACAUCAUCUCUCGCACGGAUUUUCGUUUCGUGGUGUCGUCGAGUAAAUAAUCUUUUCCGUCGCGGUCCGAUCACAUCACGGGAAAAAAACACAUCUGCCUGCGCAUCGGUGCGGUGUAGAACGGGUAAAAACUGAAGCGGUAAAGCGGACGAGCCAGUCCGAAAGGGACAACAGAGUACAGGCCAUCAAUAAAUACCUCGGGAUCUAUAUGCUAAAAUCCCAGACGAUCGUAAAAGUGUAUCGUAAUCAACAAAAGCGAACUCUCCCUCCCCCCAUCGCUAUAAGUGGGUGCGAACAGUGUCUGUAGUGGCGGGUGCGCAAGGUUAGGCGAGAAAAAAUAGGGCCAGUGGCCACUGUCAGUCGGUGGCGGUGUGAAUGAUGAGAAAAAGUCUGUCCCUUGGUUUGUGAACGGAACGCGCGGAUGCGCUGCAAGGGGAAGAAAGUUCUUAACAUCAUCCUGUACACGGCACGGCAGUUACGAAGAAAUGAAUGUGUGUGUGCGUGUCUGGUGUGAAUUUGUGUGCAAGUGUCCACUGUUUUCUCGAGAAUUGUAAACCAGCAGCAGUCGUCGUGUGCCCCGAGAAGGAGGAUAUUCUAAUCGAUAGCAGGCACCAACAGCAGCAGCAGAGAGCAUAAAUAAGCCAGAGAAAGGGAGAGAGAAAGAGAGAAAGAAAGAAAAAAACAAUAGUGAAAAAAUCCUACCGGAUCUCCCAGUGUCCCAGUGUGUAGAUGUGUGUGUGCGGCGUGUGAAAUUUGUGUACGUGUGCAGCAGUGCAGACAGCAGCAGCAGGUGCGAGCAGAGUGGUACGGAUUUUAGAGCGAGAGAGAGACCGAACACGGUGCUGAUCAAGUGAUUGUUUUUAAUGUUUCUUGUUCUUCUUUCGUUUCGUCCGGAACGGUAACCUUCGUUGACCGUUUUUCCCAUUUUCACCAUUUGACACAUUGGAAGCAAUGUUCUGAGGGCCGAGAUAAUGAUAAUGCUAGGAGUGUUUUAAACUUACAGUGUGUGUGUGUGCGAGUAAAAGAACGGUGCAAGGUGUGCGACGUGCGUCGAGAGUGCGAGAGAGCGAGGACACCGCGACCGAACGAGCAGUGUGCAGUGUGUGCGAGCACACUCAGGUGGAACAUCAGAAGGCCACUUCGAUCGAACGACACACACACACAGUGCUGUCGCCGCUGGUGAGAACGAAACGGCAUCACAUCCGAAAGCGAGAGCGAGUCGAUUUUGCAUCCGUGAGAGAAAAUUCCCGCACUGAGAGGAAAAAUCGUGAACACACAAUAGCGCUUUUUUAUUCCCAGUGAACUGCGCGCGAGAAGGGGUUUUUCUUUUCGCGUGCGUGCCUCCGUGUUUGUGCGCCCGUGUGCCUGUGUCUGUGUGUGUGUGCGCGGGUUCGUGCGUGCGUGCUCUUCUGUGUAUUACCCGUACCAAUCUCACGGGGCGCUUCGGAAAAAUCGCCAUCCGGCCGUACGUAGUCGUCGUCGUCGCGGUUUUGGAGUGACCCCGGGACAGCCAGCAGGGCCGCAAAUGGACGUAACGGUCGGUGAUAAUUGAGGCGGAACAGGCGAUUCCCGUCGUGCGAAAAUAUUACGUGUAAAACAGUGUGUGGUGUGGGGCGCUUUGGAAACAGUGCCGUUGCCGUGGGGUGCGAUUGUGUGUGACUGUGUUUCCGUCUUCUUUUUUUUGUACUGUUUUAAAUUCCAUUCCGCCGUGGAACUGUGAUGUGAAAAAGAGGUGUUAUUACAUCGCAUCGUUUUGCUGCCGCUGACCGGACUACUACUUCUGACGAACGAGCGAAGGUAGUAACUGCCACCACUAACGGUGUACUAUCUGUGUGCACUUCGGAAUCUCAACUGCUGCUGGAUCAGGGAGCGAGAAAAACGCAAGGGCAAACGGCGGGGAAAGAAGGACUUUUUUUCCCAAAAUCGACAGGCAAGCAAUAUACAUCCGGAGGAAGGACACAUCACAAGCGAACGGAAAUCCGUGAAGGCCCCCAGAGCACUGGAGGACUGAGAGAGGACCCCCAUCAUCGCCGAGUUUGAAUCGAUCGAUUAUUGGGAAGAAGUCGUCCUGGUGGGGACCUUGCACUGAGAAGGAUUUGGGUUUUGUGGAACGCCACACGAAGAAGCUGUACGUGUUGGGGACGUCGUCAAACAAUAGAACCCAUCUCUAAUAUCCUGCCUUGACCAUUUACCUAUAUCGCAAUACGUGUGUAAUCAUAUCGUGUGGAAGAAGCUGCCUGCCUGCCUGCCUAGAGCGACACCGAAAAGCGAGCGAGGAGUGAGCGAACAGCAAGCGAAAAAGCGACCAUCCGGAGAUAAAGCGAGAGCGAGAGGGAGCGUGAAAGCUGGAGAGUAAGAAAUUGCUGCUUCAGCAUACACAACACCACACUAGUUGUCAUCAUCCGUUGUGUCAUUUUCAUCUCUAGUGCUGCUGCGACAAACAAAAAAUUGAUCCUGGUGUGCUGCACACUACCGAGUGAGCAGCCAGCUGACAGUCGUCGUCGUACAUCAAGUAUCACCAUCCCUGCCUAUCUCCACCCCACCCCAACACCACCACCACCACCUCAUCAUCGUGCGCGUACAUUGUUGUAAUAAAAGUAAGAAUAUCGAUUAAAUCGCGAAUCCAAGGCGACAGCAGCGAACCCUCGGUACCGCAUAUAUACAUUGCUUCAUUUGUACAUCUAGCGCAACACAGCAACUUAUACAUACAUAUAUAUAGCGAAUACAUUAUAUAUUUAUUAUAUAAUACAAGCAAACAAGCAAGCAAGCGUUCGUUUGUUAUUCGCGCUCGCGUACGUAUUAUACAUACUGCAUACAGCAAGCAAACAUAAUUGAUAGCAACCAUGGGCAAUAACGCGACAUCUGCGAACAAGAAAGUUGAUGCUGCCGAGAGUGUGCGGGAGUUUCUGGACCAAGCGAAGGAAGACUUCGAGGAGAAGUGGAAGCGCAACCCGACGAACACGGCCGCGCUCGAUGACUUCGAGCGGAUCAAGACGCUCGGUACCGGGUCGUUCGGGCGCGUCAUGAUCGUACAGCACAAAUCGACCAAGGACUACUACGCCAUGAAGAUCCUGGACAAACAGAAGGUGGUCAAGCUGAAGCAGGUCGAGCACACGCUGAACGAGAAGCGCAUCCUGCAGGCGAUCUCGUUCCCCUUCCUGGUCAGCCUCAAGUUCCACUUCAAGGACAACUCCAACCUGUACAUGGUGCUGGAGUACGUGCCCGGUGGCGAAAUGUUUUCACACCUGCGGAAGGUGGGCCGCUUCUCGGAGCCCCACUCGCGCUUCUACGCCGCCCAGAUUGUGCUGGCGUUCGAGUAUCUCCACUAUCUCGAUCUGAUCUACCGUGAUCUGAAGCCGGAAAAUUUGCUGAUCGAUUCGCAGGGCUACCUGAAGGUGACCGAUUUCGGCUUCGCCAAGCGGGUCAAGGGCCGAACCUGGACGUUGUGCGGUACGCCCGAGUAUCUCGCGCCUGAAAUCAUUCUCAGCAAGGGGUACAACAAGGCGGUCGACUGGUGGGCGCUCGGUGUGCUGGUGUACGAGAUGGCGGCCGGGUAUCCACCGUUCUUUGCCGACCAGCCGAUCCAGAUCUACGAGAAGAUCGUGAGCGGCAAGGUGCGCUUCCCGUCGCACUUCGGCUCGGAGCUGAAGGAUCUGCUGCGCAACCUGCUGCAGGUCGAUCUGACCAAGCGCUACGGCAACCUGAAGGCGGGCGUGAACGACAUCAAGGGGCACCGAUGGUUCGCCUCGACCGACUGGAUCGCGGUGUUCCAGAAGCGCAUCGAGGCGCCGUUCAUACCACGCUGCAAGGGUCCAGGCGACACGAGCAACUUCGACGACUACGAGGAGGAAACGUUGCGCAUCUCCAGCACCGAAAAGUGCGCGAAGGAGUUUGCCGAGUUCUAAGCUUUGGGCGGAUCUGUAUACACAUGUACACGUGUGGGACGUUAUCAUCAGGACUCUACUGCUGCUGCUACCACUACUACUGUUACUACUUCUUAUUAGUGCUAAUACUACCACUACACUACUACAUCAUCAACAUCACCACCGCCACCACCACCACCACGACCAGGCGCCUCCAUUCAUGUGUGCGAUUGGAAUGUAAAAGGCAAGAGGCAGUGCGAGGUACGGAAGGAAGAUCUGUGUUAUCCAAUUGGCCGGUAGCUUCACAUUCACAACCUCGGUGGAGAGCAUCUACGGAUACGCAUAGUUGAUCUAACCUCUUCUGUCAGUCUGUUUUCCGAUCCUGCCUACUAGACUGCACACAAUGAUACUUCCAUCAUGAAAUUCAUCGACCCAUGCGCCAUCUGGUGAUUGUUAGUAAAUCACCGUUCGUUGCUAGCAUAGUGCAGUGGAUCCUUGAUCAUCAUCCUUCACUACUACCGGCACCAAUCAAAUACGCUGCGAUCUCAUGUGUGGGUGUGUGUGUGCGUGUGUGUAGUAAGAGGACAUCAUCCUUCCCGACCUCGCCAUAAGGUGGUAGCAGCAGUACAUAGUCAUCAAUGGAGCGCCAUCUGACAGCUGGGGAGUGUAGCGUGACGCGCUUGGAGCUUGAUUGCUUGCCCAUCCUAAGGGCGGCAAGGAUUCAUCUGGGAAGAACUCAAACGGACGGCACACAGAUCCCGAAAUGUGAUCGUUUAUCCAGUGUACGUGUGCGUGUGUGUGUGUGCGAGAGAGAGAGGAACUAAGAUGAGUCUACUAUCAAUCACAUUUGUCAUGCAUACCUAGUCUCCUUGCUGCCUGCCCUAACUUCGCUAAUUCCCCCCUUCCUACACAAACACUCACCCGUACAUAAAGGCACGCACACGCAUCGGUACGGGUUUAAAAAUGGUGUGCGCGUUGAGGGAAAUCAGGAGCAGAAAAAGGAAAGAGCGCUCAAGCUGUCUUGCUCGCACGACGCUGUUGAUGAUAUGAGGCAAGAUUUAAUGAAAAAAAGAUGAUAAUUUGAUACACAGCAAUGUAGGAAGGACGUAUGCGGUAGGAGGCGCGUAGAGAUAGCAGCAGGUCCCCUAAAUUAAAUCAUUGCCAGCACCUCCCACACGGCCCCUUCUUUCCUUCUUGGCACAUACACUGGAACUCCUAGACCGCCCGCCUGAUCAGCAGCAAGCAGUACGCGCGACAAUUCUAAAGCAAAUGUUAACCGACUUUGCAGCAAUAUAUCAUCGCCCCGAUGAAGCCAGGCGACGUAUGUGUGUGUGCGUGUGUGUAUGUGUGUACACGUGCUAACUAGAUCGUUGCGGAAUAGCUAAGUAAAAUGUUUAUGUUGUUUGUACGUGUGCGAGCACCGGCGAUCAUCAUGUGUGCGGCGGCGGGUAUGUGGCGUUUGUGUACGUGUGCGUUUGUGUACGUGUGCGUUUGUGUACGUGUGCGUUUGUUAACAUUGAUAUCAGGCAUCAAGGGGCACUAGGAACUAGUAGCAGAGUAGGAACCACUUCCCCCUUUUUAGCACUUGUGCCAGGAAUUUGAAUGAUGGGGAAUGAUGAUUAGUUUUGAGUUUUCUACUGAAGGUACGCAAAGAGAGCAACUGCGACUGCCGAGAUUGAGACCUAGCAAUAAUUGGGGGAAGGCAGGCAAAGGAAAUCACACACACGCGCGCACACAGAUCAGCGGGAACAUUCCAUACGUGCGAGGCAAACGUGGAAGGAAGCGUUUCAUUUUCGAUAUUUAUUUCAAUUAGUCAAUCGGCGGGCACCCCCUUCCUCCGUACUACAUACCUGGCCCUGAUUACCAGUGCCACAUCAACAUCGGGUAAAGACUAUUAGUAUACACACAUGUCCACACGUAAACACCACCACACUCCCAACAAGAAAAAAGAAAACACAUCCAGUGUGCUCCAGCAAUACGUCUCCUGGACGCCGAUGGAAGUUUAGAUAAUCUUAUAUUGCGAACUGAUUAAAAAGCCGCCAGUGCAAACGGGGCUACCGCGGCGGCGGUGGCAGCGGCAGCAAGGAUAAUAGAAGGAAAGAGGAGCGAGAGCGGUUUUUGGGCAAAAACAUGAUUGCCACAUUAGGAAAACAAAAUGGGAACUGAUGAGAGAGAGCGAAGCGGUAAAAUGGAAUGGAAAAUUAGUAUUUAUAAAAGGAAGCAGCAUCAUUUUACCCUAGGAUGACCAAUGAUCGAUGAUAAACCGAUGAGAUAUAUGAUGGCAUAUUGCAUAAAAGAGUGCGUCGGCUAGAUGCAGCCGAGACGAUAUGUGGUUGUUUUGUUUUGCUUUUCGGUUAUGUUUUAAUUUCAAUUUUUGCGAUAACGGUGCGAAUGCGCGCUGCGAGACAAGCAAUGGAUUAGUAGCAAAGGACUCCACUCACAUAUAGAUAAAACACAUGCUCUGCGCCACGCCACGGCAAACGGCAACACAAUCUACAAUCUCAUUACACAAACCGCACCGAAAAACACGAACAGACACACAUACACACACACACACACACACACACGAUCCCACAUGCAUCCAUUACGCGAAAGAUUAUGUAGCGCCCUCUAGAGUGUACACACCAAAUAAUGUAAACGCAAGCAGAUAGUAAUAUUUUACAAAAGCAAAAAAAGGAAAACACAAAACGGAUUGUCACAUGAUAGUAUAGCGUCGUAAGGGCACGCGUGCAGCUAGAAUGCAGAAGCUAAGGGUAGAGACCGAAUCCGCCUUGAAGCGGAUGCGGGUGUCGGGCGGUCUCUUGAGAGUCGUCGUCGUCGUCGUCGUAGCGAUUUUGAGGUUUUCGGUGGGUGAAACGGAGUCAGUCAUUUUAAACUACCGUUGCUACGAUUUGGACGCAUCACCAAGACGACCACCACGCCAGAUUGGAUUGCCAUACACAGCUGGAUGAAGCAGAGGAAGCGGAAUGGGCCGGACACGAUCGGAGCAACAACAAAAAAAAGAGGACCGGAACGACGAGGCGGACACGAUGAUAGUUACACGAAACCUAGGACACAUUUUUGAAAUCAGACUCAAAGCUCUUCCGACUGACGUGUGGAUGGAUCAGUAAAACCACACCGGAGUGAUAGCUGUAUUAGCGACAGAGAGAGAGAGAGAGAGAGGCGUGUUUUUAGUUCGAGACGAACGAAUUGCACCUGCAACUAUCACCCGCCCGUAAAUCCCGGAUAUGGCUGGGCCCACCACACUCCCACACUCCGGAUAAUGGCCACUUGCUCCCUACCACCCCCCUGGGUAUCGUACAACCCCGUUCCUGGAUUCCCGGAAAAGCUUGCUUUUUUACACCCCGUGCAAUGAGAGAGAGAGAGAGAUAGGAGACAAAACAAAAGCAUGAAUGAAAAAUUUAGGAAAUAAAAAGUAACACACACACACACACACACACGCCACAAGUCUCAAGCAGAAGCCUUAGUUAAGUGUAACACACAUUAUAACUGAAGUACUAAUAUUCACGGUUUUGUUUUGCUGUCCGCUGCAAGCUAAAAGACCUGAUGAAAAUAUCAAACAAAUAGGAGCGCAGCAAUAUAAGAAGGCGGGGAGGAGGGGAGUGAGACAGAUUGUGGUCGUACAGCAGCUAAUAACAAUUAAGCCCCCAAAGCUCUAGCCCCCAGUCCCAAACCGUAGGUGUUUUUGAUAGACCAUUCUCGGCGAAGGAAGGAAAUCAAAUCCCUUCAGCGCAUGAAAAAAAACCCGGCAAACCUAUUCCGAAAUCGGAACGUUCGUACACACCACGCUACUGGUGACGAUGUUGACGAAACGGGAGCAAGGCGGACAACAGCAGUCACAAAAUAUUAAUUAAUCGAGAAUAUGUAUUUUAUGCUAUUGAUUUGCAACAAUGAGUAAUGAAUUGAAUCGUGUUUGUCUCUGCGUGUGUGUGUGUGCGUGUGAAUUGUGUUUGUCAUGGCACUGUAUCGCCCUCCGCCCCCCCCGGUAUUAAGAAAACGUCUUUUGUUGUUGUGUACGCGAUGUUCCUUUCGGUGAAUGCGUUCUUCUUCGUGUUGGGGUGCGCAAUCAUAGGUGAAAAUUUGUAAAACCACCAUCUCUUCCCACGAGCAAGUCAGGGAGGAAAACACACAAACACACCCACUAAGUAUAGGAAAACUGUUACUCUGUAAGCUCCACUACCUGGCAGGAAUGGCAAAGUAAGGUGUAAAACGCGCUCUUACAGCAUACAGCAAGCGCCCGAAACCACCUGGCAAAGGAAUGCCCGUAGUGAAUGCGAGCGCUUUUUUUUGGUGUACGAGCAAACAAAAACCCACAUUGAUGGUAAAUGAAGAAGUAAACCAACCCCCCCGUUCAGCUUUAUCGUAAAUUAUUUUAGAAGUAAUAUUUUUAAACACCACAAACCAAGCAAAUAAAUGAUUACGAUCAGACCAGAGUUGGGCAAAGGCGCAGCAAAAGAAAGCACAUGCCGCCAAUCGAGGAUGGAAGAAACCCCCUUGGGCCGGGAUUGGUUGGGUAGGAAAAACAAAUCGGAACCAGAUCAAAUCAGAGCAAACAAAACAGGUAUAGAAAUACACAACAAAAACACACACACACACACAGACACAUAUACGUACACAGAAGAAGAAGAAGAAAAAAACACAACCCUAUGCUUGCAAAAUGGCUUGCAAUCAUUCGUUUCGGUAUAUCCCAAAAGAAUAAUUUUAGCGUGGUUGUAAACUACUUUGGCUGUAUAUAUUACUUUAAAACGAUGAAUGAACGUGUUUAAAUCUAAUGACAUAUUAUCUAAAUAUAUAAAUAUAUACAUACAUAAUCUAAUAAUGUAUUGGAUGUAGUUUGUGAUACAGAAACAAAAAAACAAAAAUUACAAGAAGAAGAAAAAUGCCCAUGGCAACUCGGGACGGGGACAAACAAAAAAAAAAAGGUAUAAAAACAAAAUAAACAAGUAAAUGAUGAUGAUGAUGGUAAUGCGAGCGAGCCGUGCCGCGUGCGUGCAAGCAGAUAGAAGUCGAAGAAGUAUAAAAUGAAACAACAAAAAACGAGAAAACAAACAAACAAAAAUCGAUUAAACAAAAAACAGCAACAAAACACACACACAUACACACAGGAGAAGAAUGAAACAAAAAAAAACAAAUCCUUUUUUAUAAAUAUCAACAAUCUGUUUGCGAUAGUUGUGGCUGAUUUAAUUUAUGAAUAAAAUUAAUCAUUGGUGAAAAUU